AUGUCAGACACCAAGGACUGCAUCAUCGACAUUGGUGAGACCCGUGUCCAGGAUGAGAAGUCUGCCUCUCAGGACACCUGGAUAACCACCAAGGCCGCCGACAAGCUUUCAACAUUCAUCUCAGAUUGGACGCCAUUUGGGCUGGUCGUAUCCUACUAUGUCUUCUCAGUUUGUCUAUACAUGUACUGUAGCGAUGGACUCAUCGCCAUAUUUUGGUUCAUCUACAUGUGUACAAACUUCUACAUCGCUGGAACCACGGUUUUGGAGGCCUUCUUCAGCAUUGGUCCCUGCCGGGAAGCAAGAGCAGUUGUCACUCAGGCACAAGAGAAGGACUGGCUGUUUCCCACCCCACACGCUGAUCUCCCGAUCCUGGAUAUUAUUAUUGUCGCGUAUCUUCCGAAUGAAAAGGACAUCAUCAUGGAUCGUGCCAUCUACGCUUUGGAGCAGCUUGACUACCCCAGGGACAAAAUACGCAUCAACAUCCUUUACAAUACACCAAAGUCGAUCGAACCUCUGGAAACCGAGUUGCAUCAGUUGCCUAUGCAAUACUCCAAUGCCAGAAUCAUCAAAGUGCCCAACUCAACUUCCAAGGCGGAUAAUCUCAAUUAUUUCCUGACUUUGGACACUGGCUCCGAUGUCAUAGCUGUUUACGAUUGCGAUCAUUAUCCCCAUCCAAAUGCUCCCCGGUGGGCUGCAGAAAGGUUCAAGGCAGACCCCAACGUCGAUAUCGUGCAAGGACGGUGCAUUGUGUUCAAUUCGGCAGAUACUUUCAUGACGAGCAUGAUCGCUGUCGAGUUCGACAAGAUUUAUGCAGUAUCCCACCCCGGGCGCUCAACAAUGUGGGGAUUCGGUCUUUUCUGUGGCUCCAAUGGAUAUUGGAGGACAUCGCUGCUGCGAGAGAUGAAAAUGGACGAAUCUAUGCUGACAGAGGACAUUGAUUCGGCACUCAGGGCCUUUAGCAGGGGAUGUAAGACGGUCCAUGAUCUCAACGUUACAUCUUACGAAUUGGCGCCGACGACUGUGAGCGCAUUUUGGAAGCAACGUCUUCGGUGGGCACAAGGUUGGGCGCAAGCGAGUGCCCGACACAUGAAAAUGGUCUUCAACAGCGUUGACGAUCCCCUGCGUGAAGAGCAUUCCAAGCGCAGUUUCACCGCACGAUUCGGUGUACUCUCGCUUCUGCUCAUUCGCGAGUCCUCAUAUUACCUGGUCACACAAUACACCUGCCUCGUCGCGUCAUUUGUUAUUACAAAAUUCCCAACAUCUGGCGAGGAGCUCUGGAAGCUGGUCUAUUUCCAAUAUCCUGUGUCACAGUGGCUCUUCAUCAUCAGUGCUAUCUGUCUCGUCGCCACGCUUUGGAUCACAAAUCAGGUCAAGUCCGAGUUCGUCUCGAGAAAGAUGGUUAUUCUAUUUUCGAUUAGUUAUCCGUUCUACCUUGUCGUCAACGCGACGAUUGGACUAUACGGGCAUGCCCGACAAUUGGUGAAAUACAGUUCCUGGAACCCUACCGCUAGGACAUAG